UGGUUUUAUUGUAUGUGUCUUUGAGAAUCUUCGUUUGUUAAAGCCUUAUCCUGUUUGGUGGUCUCUUCUUUUUCUUGGUAUUGUAUCUCGAAAAUCUUUUUAAAAAAAAUGUUCUUUUUUUCUUUCUAAUCAUGAAAAGAUUAUGGUUUUCUUCGUGUUAUUUCUUUAUAUUAUUCCAUCACACGAUUCUCUUUCGCUGGAAACGGUGUUUCUUGAAUCCUCAGUUUGAUGUUUGGUUCUGUGGAUCCUCGUCAAGGAGAUUGAUCACCGGUUUUGGCGUUUCCUUUCGACACGGAUCGCAUAUAUGCUACCAACUUUCGGUGUGAUUAAGGCUUAUGAAUCCAAGAAAUAUUUUGGGCAUAUGUUCUCUGUUUUUCUUUUGGGAGGUGUCCACCAUCUUCUGCUAUUGGCGAAGGGUGCUCCCUUGGAUGGGGUUCAUGGAGGCCAAUGGCUUAGAUAGAACAACAAGAAGGGACAACAUAGCUCGAGAAGACAGUGAUGCAGAAUCACUAAAUGGUUUUGGCGAAUUUGAUCCAUGGACAGCUUGGGCCUAUAAGCCACGCACAAUUUCUUUACUACUCAUUGGCGCAUGUCUGUUAGUUUGGGCAAGCGGUGCACUUGAUCCUGAAAGAACAGAAUCUACUGAUGUUGUUACCUCAGUAAAGAGGGGCGUGUGGGCAAUGAUUGCAGUUUACCUAGCCUAUUCCUUGCUGCAAGCACCUUCAACGGUCCUUAUAAGGCCACACCCUGCCAUUUGGCGCUUGGUUCAUGGGAUGGCCGUGGUGUACCUUGCUGCCCUCACCUUUUUGCUUUUUCAGAAUCGUGAUGAUGCUCGGCGGUUCAUGAAAUUUCUCCAUCCUGAUCUAGGAAUUGAACUACCUGAAAGGUCUUAUGGAGCUGAUUGCCGUAUUUAUGUACCUGAGAAUCCUAAAAGCAGGUUUAACAAUGUUUAUGAGACAUUAUUUGAUGAGUUUGUACUUGCUCAUAUUCUUGGAUGGUGGGGGAAGGCAAUAAUGAUACGUAACCAGCCUCUUUUAUGGGUGUUGUCAAUUGGCUUCGAAUUGAUGGAGCUAACUUUUCGCCACAUGUUACCAAACUUUAAUGAGUGCUGGUGGGACAGUAUUGUUUUGGACAUCUUAAUCUGCAAUUGGUUUGGUAUCUGGGCAGGUAUGCGUACUGUUAGGUACUUCGAUGGAAAAACUUAUGAAUGGGUUGGCAUAAGCCGCCAGCCAAAUAUCAUUGGUAAGGUGAAAAGAACAUUGGGCCAGUUUACACCUGCACGGUGGGACAAAGACGAAUGGCGUCCUCUGCUUGGGCCAUGGAGAUUCAUCCAAGUGCUGUUCCUUUGUGUUGUUUUUAUGACCGUGGAGCUCAACACCUUUUUUCUCAAGUUUUGUCUUUGGAUUCCACCUAGAAACCCUUUGGUUAUUUAUAGAUUGAUCCUGUGGUGGCUAAUUGCUAUACCAACUAUUCGUGAGUACAAUACCUACUUGCAAGACAGAAAACCGGUGAAGAAGGUCGGAGCAUUCUGUUGGCUUUCAUUAGCAAUAUGCAUUGUGGAACUUCUAAUCUGUGUCAAAUUUGGCCAUGGUCUCUUUCCCAAUCCAAUGCCCGCAUGGUUAAUAACAUUCUGGACAACAGUGGGCACAGCCUUGGUGAUUUUUCUUCUUGCAUGGUCUUGGCAGAUUCAUCGAACAGUGACGAAAAAGAGAUUAUGAUCACCAUUUCGGAUUCUCUUCUAUUAAAUUAUUUUUCCUCUGUAAAUAUUCCUUACAUUUGUAAAUGAACCUAAUGCUUUAGACUGGAAAUCGGUCUGACUAUUAGAGGAUAUUUCUUUAUUUUUUUCCCCCUCUUAUUUACUAGGGCAAAUUAUGUGUUCGGUGCAAAUUCCUCCUCUGAUAUCAGUAUCUCGUUUUUCUUUUUACUCCUUGACCUUUAUCUAUUCGAUUUAACAAUGAAAAUUGUCAUAUUUACAAAAAUGAUACUGGGUCAUUUAUCUGCGAUAUAUCAUCAACUCAUCCUGUCUUGUUUACGACCUCUAAUUGUAUUGUUUCUAGCAUGGGUGAGGCUACAUGGAUGUUUGGUCAAUGUUAGCUUUUGCUGAUUCAGGUUGGCUUAGUCAUUAUUUCUCAUGGCAUUUGCUGGUUUGUUCAUCAAAAUCAAUGAAUAUUUGGUGCAGUCUAUAUUCAUAAAGGAAUUGUCAUCAUGCUCGUGUUUACUAUCCUAUUGUAAGGAUGGCUACUAUAUACAGUGUAAAACCUGUCUUCCUAGUGUCGCCAAAUUAAAAAGCCAGAAAGAACGGGAAUCGUAAAUGAAUGUCUUCUUCUUACACCAUGCAGCAUUAAUGCGAUCCCUCGGCCAUGCUAUUGAUGGAGAAGUUGACGAGCUUUGAGCAGUAGAGGUCGGAACCUGUCGACGUCGAGCUUCACGUUUUGUUUGUCCAGGUACACCUCCCCCAUCUUGAUCCAUCCCAGCCUGUGAAUGGACUUGGGGUCCCUGAACACGGCGUGGUCCCUCGGGUACAGCUCUGUCAGACUGCUCUCCUCCUCGCUCACACUGUAUUCCAGGUAGUGCAAGCCUGCGUCCUGGGAAGGGUAUCCAAAGCAUGCCCUGGAGAUGUCUUCCAGCUUGCCGAAAGGAACUAUCUGAAUCACCACUGCGUUGGUCGGCAGGAACACGAAGUUGGUGAGCCCGGCGCCGUGCACCCCCAUCAUCACGUCGCAGGAGUUCACCACCCUGGCGAUGUCAGCGACGUUACUCCCCAUCUUGGCCUCUGUCACCACCACCUCCAACUCCAACUCCUCGGCCGUCCUUACGAUCUCCCCCAAGUUGGUGAACCUUCGACUGCCCUGCCUCGAGAUGAGUAGCAGCCUCGGCUUCUUGGCCCCGGUUCCUCCCGGUCUGAUCGGGGAAUCCCUCUCGAGCGAGUAGGCGACCCUCAUGAGCUUCGUGAAGUCGACCAUGGAGUACCCGUUCGGAGCUCUCGUGGGGUCGAUGGACAGGGCUUUGUGGCUAUGGAGACCGACCACCACACGUCGGUAGCAGUGGACUCGGUCGUCGUUGUUGAAGAAGAUGAUCUCGUGCCGCGACAGACUUCGAAGAAUCUGCUCGUACUUGGAGAUCCACCACAGGUUAGUGGUCUCUAUGACAAAUUGAACCUCUCCGUCGAACCGUCGCGAGGUUAUGAACAGUGGAAUGAGUACGUCGGUGAAGUCGUGGUAGUAGUUUCCGGUGUAUCCUCCGAGCGCGAACACGAUGGCCGGGUCGCUGUGGUUCGUGCUGCAGGCGGGGAUGCCCCCGAGGCCAUUCGACACUCUUACCGAAACCUCGUGGACGUGCGCCAUGGCGGCCUUGUCGAACUUGCGAGCGUAAGGCUUGAUCCGCCACGACUUCGUUCUUCCUGAUUUGCGAGGUCGGCCAUCGGUGACAAGAACUACAGAGGCAGACUUCCCGUGGAUUCGAACAUCGCCUUCCAUGUCGCAGACAUCAGUUCUCGGAUUGGAGAGAUCGCAAGCCGCCUUCGUCAGGGACUUCGUGGACUUACUGAUUCUUGGUCCAUCUUCACAACAAUCAAAAAUCUAAAUAAGUUGUCACGAAGAAUAGCUGAAUUGACUUGCUGGUUGAAACAGAUGAGCUUUCGAUCGACAUAAAUGAUCAUUCGUACCUGGUUGUUUGGAUUCA